AGCCAACAUAAAAACCCUUCAGAAUCAAAUCAAAGCGCGCGCAGCAGCAACCGCAGCUAUUCCAGCCAGCAUAAAACCCCUUCAGAAUCAAAUCAAAGCGCGCGAAGCAGCAGCAGCAGUUCCAUCAAUGGCGAUCGAAUGCCUCGUUCUAGGGGCCGGGCAGGAAGUGGGGAAGAGCUGCGUAGUGGUAUCGAUGGGAGGGAAGAAGAUAAUGUUCGAUUGUGGCAUGCACAUGGGUUACACCGAUCGCCGCUGCUAUCCUGAUUUCUCCCUGAUUUCUUCUUCCGACUUCGACAACGCUCUCACCUGCAUCGUCAUCACUCACUUUCAUUUGGAUCACAUUGGAGCCCUUCCGUACUUCACAGAGGUCUGUGGAUAUCGUGGGCCCAUCUACAUGACUUACCCAACAAAGGCUUUGGCCCCGAUGAUGCUAGAGGAUUACCGGAAACUAAUGGUAGAUCGAAGAGGGGAGAAAGAGGUAUACACUUCCAAUGAUAUCACGGAAUGCAUGAAGAAAGUUAUAGCAGUGGAUUUGAAGCAGACAGUGCAAGUUGAUAAAGAUCUUCAAAUCCGUGCUUACUAUGCAGGGCAUGUUCUUGGAGCAGCAAUGUUUUAUGCAAAGGUAGGAGGCAACACAAUGGUGUAUACAGGGGACUACAAUAUGACACCUGAUAGACAUCUUGGAGCAGCUCAAAUUGAUCGCUUACAAUUGGACCUCCUUAUUACAGAGUCCACAUAUGCGACAACUAUACGUGAUUCAAGAUAUGCUCGUGAGAGGGAGUUUCUAAAAGCAGUUCAUAAGUGUGUGGCUGGAGGAGGAAAGGUGCUAAUUCCAGCAUUUGCUUUGGGAAGAGCACAGGAGCUCUGUAUGCUGCUGGAUGAUUACUGGGAGCGCAUGAAUCUUAAGUUCCCUAUUUACUUUUCUGCUGGUUUGACAAUUCAAGCUAAUAUGUAUUAUAAGAUGCUUAUUGGGUGGACUAGUCAGAAGGUAAAGGAUGCAUAUGUGACAAGGAGUGCGUUUGACUUCAAACAUGUUCAAACUUUUGAUCGCUCUCUAUUAAAUGCUCCUGGACCAUGCGUUCUCUUUGCAACACCUGGGAUGAUCACUGGAGGAUUUUCUCUUGAAGUGUUCAAGCAAUGGGCUCCAUCUGAAAUGAAUCUUGUUACUCUUCCAGGCUACUCUGUGGCGGGAACCAUAGGGCACAAGUUGAUGGCAGGUAAACCAACAAGAGUUACUGUGGAUAAAGACACCUACGUUGAUGUGCGUUGCCAGAUUCAUCAGCUUUCUUUCAGUCCUCAUACAGAUGGGAAAGGGAUCAUGGAUCUUGUCAGAUUUCUUUCACCAAAGCAUGUAAUACUUGUGCAUGGGGAGAAGCCUAAGAUGGACAAGCUAAAGGGGCAAAUCGAAUCAGAAUUGGGAAUUCAGUGUUGUUAUCCUGCGAAUAAUGAGACUGUGCAAAUCCCUACAACGCAAGUCGUAAAAAUAGAGGCCACAAAAUCAUUCAUCAGAAAUAGUAUGAGUACAAUCCCCAAGUGUUUAAACAGCAUCACAGAUGGUCAUUUGGAUUCUAGAGAUGGCGAAUCCCUACCGUUGCUGCAGAUACGAGAUGAAAGGGUCACUGAUGGCAUCUUGAUUAUGGAGAAAACCAAAAGGGCUAAGGUUGUCUACCAAGAUGAACUUCUGCAGACCUUGGGCGUUGAAGAACACAAAGUUCAGUUUGCCUACUGCUGCCCUGUAUGCAUAAGCAGCUUGGAACAGAUCCAGUCUCUUGAACCAAGCAGCAGAGUGACACAAUCUAUUCUGCUUGACUCUCAUGUAGAGUUGAAUUCUCCAUCAAAUGCGUCAACUGGACACACUGAAAUUUCUUCGAUGGAAAGUGUAUCGGCUGAUAAGUUCUCUUGGAUUCACCAAUUAUUCCUGAAACUGAAAUAUGAAAAUGGCAUUGAGAAAAUCCAAGAAUUUUCUGACCAUCUACAGCUGGAAUCAUUUGUUGUGCAUAUCUGUUCAAAUGACGAUUGCCCAUACAGGAGUGAGGAGGUUCGUGAAGGCAGACCAUGGAUAUUUUUCUGCUGCAGCUGGUCGUUGAUUGAUGAAAAGCUGGCAUGGAGAAUGCUUUCAAUCAUGAAAAUUUUAAGUUCAUAAACUGCUUGGCAUCACACACCCAAAUGCCUUAUGCUGAGGUGGAAUGAAUGGAUGACUGGACUGACGUGGACUUCAAAAAGAUUUGGCGGAAAUGACUGACGUGGGCUUUCUACUCCGCCGAAUUGGGCAGCCUUUUGCCUUGUUCUUGUAGUACUUAUUUAUUUCAGUGUUUUCUUCAGGCUGUAAUUUAUUAUUAUUAUUAUUAUUAUUUGGAGGAGAGGUAAUUUAGAAUGUUGCUCAGACCAAUAUUGUAAUCCAGACGAUUGAUCUGAUGGCCCAAAGCUGGAUUGAGGAUGCAUGAAAGAUCUCCCAAAUAGAGGAAGAUCUGUCCAUGUACUGUCA